CUAGGGAAACUAAUUCCCAAACCAUCAGCCAUCUGGCUUAGUUUGCUGAAAACGCUUCUCUUGUUUAUCUCUUUAAUGCAAUUGCAUUUUUUUUAGCACAUGUAUUUAAUUUCUCAUAUAAGUUGCAUAUCAUAGAAUUUAAGUUUUCUGUUUUUACAUUGAUGGAGGGUUGUGAAGGGGAAGGUGGGCUUUCCACUUAGGAGGGGCAAACUCUUGGUAAAUGUAGUUGAAGUCAAAGGGUAGUUUAGUGAUGGAGAGGCCCUUGGCUACCUGUUUUAUGCAGGUAAUAAAACCUAAAACGGUAACAAAUGUAGAUUGCCAAAAUAUGGAAAAUUCCAAAAGAAUUUAAAAACCCUAGACUGUCCCCAGCUAGUAUUUAUAACACCCAUGAGUCCUUCCGGUCUACUCUGGAUCAGCCUCUGCCCCUCUCUCUGCAUUUUGUACUUUGUCCUUCAAAAUAUUUGUGAGCAAAAACCAUGAGUCUCCUAUCCCACCUUCUCUCUCUACCAUCCUGAGUUGAAAAAACAGAGAUACAAACAAAUAUAAAAAGGAGAGAUGAAGGGUAGAUCUUGUUCAAAGCCAGAAACCAAAGAAGCAAAGGAAAUUGAGAAACUUGGCAAGCUCAAAGAAGACCAUCCUCACCUCUCUGGUGCCUAUAUCCGCAGUCUUGUUAAGCAACUGACCUCUUCAAGAACCAAAGAUCCCAUGAACCCUAAGGACCUUGACUCUGUUGAUGCUGAGCAGUUUAAUGGCCAAAACAUGACCAAAUUUGGUGUGGGGUUUAGUGAGAAAACACAAAUCCAGCAACCUCAUCCACCUCAACAGCACAAGAAGCAAGUUAGGAGGAGACUCCAUACCAGUAGGCCUUACCAAGAAAGGCUUCUGAACAUGGCUGAGGCUAGAAGAGAAAUUGUCACUGCACUGAAGUACCAUAGAGCAGCCAUGAAACAGGCAAAUGAACAACAACAGCAGCAGCAGCCCCAGAAGCAACAAGAAGAGCUACAACAACAACAAGAAGCACAACCCUUGCAUCUUUCACCUCCUCCAUGUUUUGAACAAGAAGCCAAGAUGAAAUCCGGGAGAAAUCCUAGAAUAUACCCAUCAACCACUGAAAACUUCUCUUCUUAUCAGGAUAAUUUUACCUAUUCAUCUUUCUCUCAUUACCCUGCUCCUCCAAAUUCAUUUCCUUGGGCUGCUUCUUCAAUUCCUGCUUCAUCAGCCACAGAACCCUUCAAUCUCACCCUACCAAAUCAAACCUUGGGCCUAAACCUCAAUUUUCAAGAUUUUAACUUAGACACCACCCUUUACCACAACAGCAACAACCCAACAUCAAUCUACACAUCCUCCUCUUCAUCAUCAUCAUCUUCCCCAGGUCUCUCUGUCACCACUAUUGAGGAAGUUCCUUCAGUUGCAACCCCACAUGAGGUGGGGCAUACUGCCAUGGCUGAUAUCACUGAAUCCUACAGCGGAGGUGGCCUGCAUCAUGCCAUGGAUGAUGAGGAGAUGGCUGAGAUCAGAUCAAUUGGGGAGCAGCACCAGAUGGAGUGGAAUGACACCAUGAAUUUGAUGACAUCAGCAUGGUGGUUCAAGUUCUUGAAGACCAUGGAGCUCGGACCAGAAGUGAAGGUGCAGAAUGAUGGGUACCAGCCAUUUGAUCAAAUCAUGGAGUUUCCUUCCUGGUUGAAUGCAAAUGAGAGCUGCUUGCAACAACAUCUCAAUGAUUAUUGUCCUGAUGACUACUACCAGGAUCCUGCCUUGCCUUGGUAAGCAUCCAAGUGCUCCAAAACACUGUUAUUUAUAGAAAACUUAUUAAUUUGUUUUUUCUUUUUCUUUUUCUUUUUUUUUUCUCUUGCAUCAUGCUUCUGUAUCAGAUAUGAAAAUUUGUUGGUUGUGAGUUCAAUUUUCUAGGUAGCAACUAGCAAACUCUUCCUUGCAAAUUCUUGAACUUGUAAUGCCUUGUCAAUUCUGCAUUGAAAGAGCCCUGGAAAGGCCCAUAUGAAGUGGCAUGGACAUCGGAGAAAUUGAAGGAACGGAUGGAGAAUGGCUUGCUUGACAAGGAUUGAUUAUAUUUUUUAAUUAAUCAAAUCUUUGCUUUCUUUUCUGUUUUUCAUAGAAGUAUUCAACUCCUUCUCUCCUUUUCUUUUUUGGUAGUAUUUUAGAAGUCCUUUAAAUUAAUAUAAUAAGGCUAACAAAUAUGUUGAAGUUAGCAAGCCAUGGAAAAGCAAAAUAAUGUAAGAGAGGAAAAUUCUUAUUUUUCCUCUUUUUCAGUUUUUACAACUGAAUACUUCAUGUA